UAAUAUCCGUAUAUAGAUAAAUUCGCUCCUGACUGCGUUCAGAGACGCUCCACAGCCACUCCGGGCCAACUCCGCUCGCCGCCCCCCUUGUGGUCGCAUCUCCGUUCAGUUUCUCUUGCACUGCUCCUUAUCCUCUUCGACUCUUCACCGAGACUUAUCCCUCUUUGCUAACGUGGAGUCUCCUCUGCGUUGCAGAUCUUCUCCGCUUCUGCCAUGACAAGUGUUCUUCUUCUCAAUGGACCUCAUCAUGUUUUAUCAGGAAAACUUCCAGCCACUGAGGUGGCUCCUGGAACUUAUAUGACCCAAAUGAUACAUACUAAAAGUUUCUUGAAAGAUGAAAAAGAAAAUGCAUGCUUACCAGAUUCGAUUGUGACUUGCACACGGAGGGUCAUCCUAAGGCUACCUGUGAUUUCUUCUGUUUUGUUUUUCUCUUAUUCCGCCAAUGGAAAGGUUAAAACUACGACUCCGUUCAAUGAUAAGCGCCUUCUAGAACAGAAUAAGAAGAUUCAAGAGGCAAAUCAAGCACCAAAAGACUUCCCGAACUUCAUUAGAGAAGGUUUUCAAGUGAAAGUAGUGACUUCUGAUAAAUAUGUGAGACGUCGUUCAGGCCUCAUAUAUUUGGACAUAGAAGUUGGUAAUGGUGAUUGUCCCAAGGAUGGCCAACAGGUGACGUUUCACUAUAUUGGUUACAACGAAUCGGGGCGCCGCAUUGAUAGCACUUAUUCACAGGGAUCACCAGCUAAGAUCCGUCUAGGCAAUAAUGCAUUAGUUCCAGGGUUCGAGGAAGGCAUACAUGACAUGAAACCUGGGGGUAAACGAAGGAUCAUCAUUCCUCCUGAACUUGGACCUCCAGUGGGACCAUCCACUUUCUUCAGCUCAAAGCAGUAUGAAGUUUUUGAUGUUGAACUACUGAAUGUUAAAGACUGCCAGCGCAGAACUAUAGCCUUCUAUUCUGACGUUGUCUGUAACUAAUCAUCUAUAUUUUAGUAAAUCUUUUUCCUGAAUUGAAGGAACUCUACUGAAAAGAAUUCUGUAUUAAAUUUUUUUUUUUU